CCUCUUACAAGUAUUGUACCUUUAGGCCCAUUCCUAAAAAGUACAACAACCAAGGGGAAAAUCUUUUUACCCUUUCAUAAUUGUCUAGGGUUUCUCAUAAAAUUCCCCCCCAAAAAAAGUUUUCAGAAUUUCACUGAAACACCAAAAGCCAACAGAGGUUUUUAAAGAAAGAGAAAAGGAAUUUUACGUGAGGGAUGGCGGGGAAAGAAGAGAACCGAAUAUUUGUGGGAGGAUUAUCAUGGGAUGUCUCGGAACGAGAGCUUGAGCAUGCGUUUAGUCGCUUUGGCAAAAUCCUUGAAUCGCAGAUCAUGUUGGAAAGAGAUACGGGACGCCCGCGUGGAUUUGGAUUUAUUACAUUUUCUGAUCACCGGUCCAUGGAUGAAGCUAUCAGGGAGAUGCAUGGACGAGAGCUUGGAGAACGCAUCAUCUCAGUGAACAAGGCUCAACCUAAAAUGGGUGAAGAUCUUGACCAUGGCUAUAGAGGAGGUUACUCAUCAAGGGGCAGGGGAGGCUAUGCAGGUGGAGAUAGGCCUGUAGGACAGGAUGAAUGCUUCAAAUGUGGGCGCUUUGGGCACUGGGCCCGAGAUUGCCCUUCAACUGGUGGUGGCCGAGGUGGGAGUGGCGGCAUGUUUUCUUCACGCUCAAGGUAUGGAGGGGCUGAUGACCGUGGUGAUCGCUUCAGAGAUCGUGAUCGGUAUGUGGAUGACCGUUAUGAUGGUGGACGCUAUGGAGACAGGAACCGUUUUGACAGCAGAGAUGAUAGAUAUGGAAGCCGUGAUCGUUAUCUUGGUGACAGGUAUGCCCCCACUGGAGAUCGAUUUGAUCGUAAUGGUGGUUCAGAUCGUUUACCUCAGAAUGGUUACGGCAAAGAAAGAGGGUAUCGAGAUGUUGCUUCAAGAGGUAAUGAUAGGUAUGCAAGUGGAGGGCCAGCACGCAAUGAUGGAAGAGGCUACAGGAACAGGGCUGGUCCUUAUGAUCGUCCGGGCAGGGGAGGCCGCCCUUCUUCCUUUGACCGCUAUUAAGUGUUGUCAUGAUUUUCAUUCAACUUUAGGUCUGAACAGUGUGCUAGGUACUUGUUUUGUCGAUCAAUCAUGUAGGAUGCGGGAAUUUCUAUGAAUGGUAGGAUUUAACUUAUGCAAGUUUGCUUAAUUAUAGAACCUGUUCUCUCAGUUCACUUAUUUUUCACUACAUCAGUACAUUUUCAUUUAGUCAUCAAAACUGAGGUAAAAUGGUAUUCGAGUAUUUGAUUCAAUGGAAAGCGUAUCUAUUCUCUUUUUU